AUGAAUUCAGAAGACGAGGCUCAGAUGGGCAAUGGGGAGGUCAUCAUCUACAAAGGCAGAAGAGGCUUGUCGGCUAACUUGACGCAGAUGUCCGCCAUCGUACAGGACGUAAAGAAGGUCGACACCUCCAUCGAUGAGGACUUCGGAGAGCACAGUGUCUCUCGGGUCCUCAAUAGGCGCAAGAUUCAGCCUUGGAAGAACACAUACAAGGCUAAUCCUGAGGAUGUUCCGACUACAGCCUCGCUUCAUGACAAGCCUUGGUUCAGGGCUGAGCAGCUUGAGGAGGACUACGACGCUCAUUCUGGUGCCUAA